CUUUUGGCUUUUGGCUUUGGCGUUUGAGGUUUGGAUUUGCCCACAAACAAUUCCAUGCCAACAACAUUACACAGGAAAUUAAAGAAAACAAACCAACAUGUGAUUUGGUUUUCAACCGCAGUCACCCAGUCAGAAAAUUCGGGAUUAAGCGAUAUUGAUGACCCACAAUAUUUUUGUUACUUUUUUCUUUCUUUUAUUUAUUCAACAAAAUUGGGAGGCCAACACCAAAUCUUCAAUCACUACCCAACAUCCAUUUUCUCACACCAAAAAGGAAAACAGAUGCAAACCAGAGGAAUUGCAACCAAAACAAAAGAUUUUCGGACAAGAAGAAAGAAGGAUAAGCCUGCUGAUUUUUGAUACAACCCCAAUAAGUGCUUUUGGCGUCUGGCUUUUCAGUUUCUAGUUUUCUGAGGAAAAGGACGCUGCAUUGGUUUUAUGGAAAGCCAUGAACUACUUAUUUCCCAUCAUUAGCUGGAGUGAAGAAAAAUGGCUUUCUACCUGCCCCGUCUGAGAUCCUGAUUUCUGCUUGAUUUCCCAUAUGUCUGAUGGAGAAAUAGUUGAGAUGCAGCUGCAUGUGGUAGGGAUAGUAUCGUAGCUUCUGGUAUUAGAAAUUUAUAACUACUUCUUUAGUUGGUGUUGGGGGGGGGGGGGGGGGUGGUGGAGACUGAGGCAAGUAAUGUCUGCGGUAGCACGGAAAUGGUUGGGCAACUUGGAACCAUUUGGUAACUCAGAACACAGAAAUGCAGUUUGAUUUUUAUGCAUGACUGCAACUGAGAAAGCAGGAAAAGAAAACACAACAUAAAAGAAGUCAAGUUAAAUAAAGCACUUCACCUUGAAAUUUUUGAAGAUGGGAUUGCCUCAACUGUCUUCUAGCGGCAUUGCCGAGGAAGUGGCAGCAUCACUGUGCACAUUUAUGCAACCUCAACCUAGAGUUGCUGGCAUGAGCACUUGUGAUUUAAGUGGGAUGCAUGGAGCAAACCUGGGAAAUCAUAUACAGGUGGAUUUCACAUGCUCUUCUUUUGGAGAAUUCCAUAGGAAAUCCAUCACGGAGAUUCCAAAUAAACCAGAUUUUUCUAAUUCUCAUAAAGAUAGUAGUAGAUCAAGCAUGCAUGCAUUGAAGAUUAACUCUUCAGAACAAAACAACUGGUUAAGUCAGAGAAGUGGGCAGAAUAUUCAGACACCUGUUCCUAGGGUUGUUGGUUUUGAACCAAGAAUAUUAGAUUCUCCUCUUAAUUCAUUUAAUGGAGACCAAUACUCUUCAAGUGCGGUGACUGUCACAGGGGACACAACUGAGACUGCUGGGUCAGCACUCAGGAAGCGGUUAUUGUCUCCUUUGAAUGGAAUGCUUCUCCAGGAUCAGUGUAAUGGUGAUUCUCUAGAGAUGUGGACAGGGUUCAUAAGAGUGGCUCCUGGGGUGGCAACGGUAGUUCUAAUGAUCCCAUGUUGCAAGAGCAUAAGAAAGCUCAUCUUGGCAACUCCAGUUGUUGCAAUUCUACAAUCUGGUCUGCAUCAUGUUCCCCGAAGUGGAAGAGAUCACCGGAUCACAACUGCAAUACAAACUCUUCUUUUGUAUUUGAUGGUCCUUUGCUUGAAAACAAGAAGUCACGAUCUCCGAAUCAAUUCAUCAUCAUCCGGACUUGAUUACUCUAGAGAAACAAUUAAGGUGAGGUCACAAUCAAGUGCUAUAGACAUAUCUUCAAGUAAAGUUGUGUUGCCUACACUUUCUUUAUCUCCUCUUGGUCCUAAGUUUCCUGAAAGAGUUAAACCUGGAGAAUCAUGCAGGGUUCGUACACCAAAGUUGGAUGAUAACAAUAUAACCCUGAAGGACAUAGAACAGUCACUUAAUGGAACGAUCGCAGGCAUUUCCUCAUCCUGGAAAGAGGACGCUUUUAGGUGGCUAAGGAAAUCAUCGGAAGACGUUGAUGUUCUGCAGGAAAAGUUUGACCUCUUUAGUUCUGAGAGUACUACUUCUGGGAUGGGGCAGCACUGGAGUCAGGACUUGAAACCUAAUCCUAAAUGUGUUAAAUUAGUACGAUCACUGACUGGAUUGCCUGUUAGAAGGUCAUUGGUUGGAUCAUUUGAGGAAUCCCUGUUGUCUGGUCGAUUAUUAUCAACAAAGGUUAGUCAGAGAAUUGAUGGUUUUCUUGCUGUUCUGAAUGUCACUGGGGGGAAUUUCUCGCCAAAACCUCAGAAACUUCCAUUUGCAGUGACCAGUGUGGAUGGAGAUAACUAUCUACUAUAUUAUUCAUCAAUUGGUCUUGCUGAAAGUACGACACCAAACAAGUAUGGAAGCCCCAGGAUGAAGAGGAGCCUUAGCAUGGAUGAUUCAUGGGCAGACAAGAACCGUCUGAGAAUACCUAUGAAAGGCCGUAUACAACUGGUUCUCAGCAAUCCAGAGAAGACACCUAUUCACACCUUCUUCUGUAAUUAUGAUUUGAAUGACAUGCCAGCUGGAACCAAGACGUUUUUGCGCCAAAAGAUCACUCUAGCCUCAUCUGAUACAGCCUCUAAGGCCGGGAAUGGAAGACAUGCAGAUCCUGCUAAAGAAAAUGAUGCCAAACCAUCUUCGAUCCUAGAUGCUGCAAAUUCUUUGCAGCAUAGCGACAAUGGUGCGGAUUCAGACAAGUUUAAGGAUGUAGUUAAUCAGUACCAAAGAGAGGGAGAACGCACUAAGGCCUGUUAUGACAGUGAACCCAGUGAUUGUAGCCUUUGUACGUCUGAAAAGAUCAGUGAGAUUAGUAAAAGUAGUUCUGUGCGUAGCCCUUCAAAGACGAGCAAGAAAACUGCUGGUGCUGGUGCUGGUGCUGGCGUUCUGCGUUAUGCUCUUCACCUUCGUUUCUCAUGCCUAUUUCCUAAGAAAUGUUCGAGGUCAGUCCAGAGAUGCAAGUUAGAUCCAUCAUCUGGACAAGCGACAAAUAGUAUCGACAUUGAAGGGGAGAGGCGCUUCUACUUGUAUAAUGAUUUGAGGGUCGUGUUCCCUCAACGCCAGACAGAUGCUGAUGAGGGCAAGUUACAUGUGGAAUAUCACUUUCCUUCCGAUCCGAAAUACUUUGAUAUCAGCAACUAAAGGCAUAGGAAUUCUCUGCUAAAAUAGAUAGCUGUAAAUUCAGUUCAAAUCUCCCAGUCAUCUUUGGGGCAAUUCCCCAUUCAAUCUGUAAAUAAUUGUAAUUAUCAAUAAUUAGUCGAUUAAAUAUGUUCUAAAUGCUUGUAGAUAUAUGAUCACUUUGAUAGACACUUCCAUCUA